CUGCUUUGACCAAUCAGGGGAGUGCGGGUAACCGUUGGGGUUUGAAUCAUCCCCAGAAAACAGCGGCAGAUGACAGUAGUUCGUUGAGCUUGUAGAUACUGCUAGCGAACAUAUUUGGUUCACAUUAUCCAAUAUCAGCUCUUUGAAGCUCAGUUUUGUUGCUUUUGUCAACUGAAAAUGUCGAAAAAACAGAUUUUCUAUUCUGACAAGUACACCGAUGACGACUUCGAGUACAGGCAUGUUGUGCUUCCUAAGCAGCUGUCCAAACUGGUGCCCUCCUCCCACCUGAUGACAGAAGAAGAGUGGAGAGGACUUGGAGUCCAACAGAGCCAGGGCUGGAUUCACUACAUGAUCCAUAAACCAGAGCCACACAUACUGCUUUUCAGAAGGCCUCUCCCAAAGGAUUAAAGGGGAAGCUGUCUGUUAAAAUACCUGCUAUCUCCUCUGCUGAUAUGUAUUGUCUUUCGAUCCUAUAUCUGUCCUGCACAUAAAUCUAUAUGUGUUGUGAUAUAUUGUGUAGAUGCCCUGUAGUUUUGUGUGUAUAUAUUUUUGUGUUUCUUCAUUCAAAUUUCCUCAGUUUUUAGAGGUUAUGAGAGACAAAAAUGUCUUGUUUUCACUGUGAAUGAUAACUUAAAACAAUUUGAAGGUGGAAGUUUGCCUGUCAAUUGUACAAUUUAACAAAAAAUUUUUAUCUUUAGGUGUAAUGUUGUCAAGACUGAUCUAUUUACUUAAUGGCCAUAUGAGCAUAUGAUUUUAUUUUGCUCAAACCAAUGACAUCCCUAACAUUUUUGUUAAAACAUUUCUUGAUAAUUCCUUGAAUGUAUGUAUUUUAUGUGCAUAUGUUAUUUCUCGAUAUACAUUUGGCUCUCCGUUAUGGUUGAUUUGUCAAGUUCUUUGAUACUGGACAAAUAAAAUAUGCUAAUUCCUUAA